AUGCUUCUAUCUAACCAGCCAUCCUACAGUAUCGUUGCUGUUCAUGGCCUGAAUGGCCAUCGAGGGAAAACUUGGACCGCUAAAAUGGAGUUCACUGGCUUCGUGAUCUUCUCCCUGACGAUAUUCCCGGAGCCCGUAUCCUCAGCUGGGGCUACGAUGCAAACACGCAUGCUGUCUCUCGUAUUCUUGUAUGACCAUGCGCGAACUCUGGUGUCCGAUUUGAACAGGAAGCGGAAAUUAACCAACUCUUCACAACGACCAAUCAUCUUCAUAGCACACAGUCUAGGAGGUAUCGUUUUGAAAAGCGCUCUCAUCCACUCAGACGCAGCCCGCCAAGGUGCACUUCUGGAGCAACAAUCUGUCAAGCUCUCGACAUAUGGCAUUCUAUUUAUGGGUACUCCCCAUCAAGGAGGGAACGGUGUCCAGCUAGGACGUAUCCUCGCCAAUAUUGUCUCUGUCUUUGUGGCAGCCAAUGACUGUAUCCUCAAGCAUCUCGAAAGAGACUCCGAAUGGCUGCUGCAACAAUUGGGACAAUAUGGUCCAAUCAGUAGUGAUCGUGAUGAAAUUUGCAAUUCUGGUUGGUACAUACCCUUGCCUUUGCUUGGAAAUCUGGUUGCUGAACCACGCCAGGUUGUGCCUAGAGCGUCAGCCGUUGUGCCGGGGCAGGCGGAUGCAGAGUCAAUCCUCAUCCAUGCAGACCAUAAGAAUAUGGUCAAGUUCCUCUCAAAGCAAGAUGUUGGCUAUACUACCGUCUGA